AUGCGUUCCAAAUUUAAAGACGAACAUCCUUUUGAAAAGCGUAAAGCAGAGGCAGAAAGAAUUAGACAGAAAUACCCCGACCGUAUUCCUGUUAUCUGUGAAAAAGUCGAAAAAAGUGAUAUACCAACCAUCGACAAAAAGAAGUAUUUAGUACCUGCUGAUUUAACAGUGGGUCAGUUUGUCUAUGUCAUCCGAAAAAGAAUCAAGUUAAGUCCGGAAAAGGCUAUUUUCAUUUUUGUGAAUGAAAUCUUACCACCUACAGCAGCUUUGAUGAGUUCUAUUUAUGAAGAGCAUAAAGAUGAAGAUGGCUUUUUAUACAUCACCUAUUCUGGUGAAAAUACAUUUGGACAACCCACGUCAAUCUAA